GCCCGGCAGCCGUUCUGGGGUCGCGGUAGGCGUCGCCGUUGGUUUAGGCUCCUGGGAAGGAGGAGGCGGAGCUCCGUUCCGGCCGUCGGCGGUUUCCGUCCCCAGGAGCGCUUCAGGGCCGGGGUGCGAGGGCCUGUUUCUCUUCAGUCAGGUUUCACCCUGACGCCCCGCGGACUAGGGCCUCGCCGCCGGGGCCCGGUGACCCUGCUGUGGUGCGAGCUGGGUGUCUGAGCCCCGCCCCGCCCUUCGGGGAGCGCGUCUUCACCUAACAGGAAGUGGGAGAGGGCAGCGCCGGGCGAGGCCUUCCGAGGGCUGGGCGCCAGGGCGGUUGCUGAGGGUUGUGGAAGCGGGACGGAGCCCUGUGGCGUCCUUGGAUUUGAAGGACGCGAGCCAAACUGUUUGAGACGCAGCUCUUCCCUGGAUCACUGUCAGGGCCGUGGAAAACGGCCUGCCCAGCUCGUCUGCGUUGCUGAACUAACAGGGAUGGAGGAAAUAUCCGCCCAGGAAGCAGUUGGAUCACCUGUUGUCCAGUUUCAGUCUUUGGAGAGCCUGUCUGAGGGUCUGUCCCCAGAGCCUCCGUUCGCACAGGACACCGACAUGGAACAGGAGCUCAACGGGGCUCCACCUGUUCCCCAGGUGCCUGCUCUUCCCCAUGAGGGAAGCCCAGGAGACCAGGCAGCUACGCUCCUGACAGCCAGGUACCAGGAGUUUGUGACAUUCGAGGAUGUGGCUGUGCACCUUACUCGAGAGGAAUGGGGAUGCCUGGACCCUGUUCAGAGGGAUCUCUACAGAGAAGUGAUGUUAGAGAAUUAUGGGAACGUGGUUUCACUGGGAUUUCCAAUUUCCAAGCCUGAUGGGAUCUCCCUGCGGGAACAAGAUCUACAGGUCUUUGAUCUGGAAACUAAGAAUAGAGAAGUCUUAAGAGAUGACUGCUCAGAUGGAGAGACCAGAGAAGAGAACAAGCUGUUGAUUCCUAAGCAGGAAAUUUUGGAAGAAGUACAUUCGUACAAGGUGAGAGUAGGAAGACUCAAAAAGGAUAUUGCCCAAGUUCCUGGGACUAGAGAAGUGUCUAAACCUGAGGACAGAUUAGAAAGGCUUCAGGAAAUCCUAAGGAAAUUUCUGUUCCUGGAGAGAGAGUUUAGGCAAAUAACAAUCAGCAAGAAAGCCUUCACCAGUGACAACAAUGAAUGUCAUGAACCUGAAAAAAGCUUCGGUCUGGACUCUACCCUGGAUACGGAUCAGAGAGUUCUUCGAAUUCAGAAUAUUGAUGACACUGAUAAGUAUGACAUGGGGGUGAACCAGAAUUCAGCUGCUGGGAAACAAGAACAAAUAAAUCUCAUACAGGAUGUUCAGAGUAGUGAAUAUAAGGAAAGCUUAAUGGAUGUCUCCCACCUUAGUAAAUGUGACAGCAUUCCUGCCACUGAGAAAUCCUACAAAUGUGAUGCAUGUGAGAAGGUCUUCCAUCAGAGCUCUGCCCUUUCUAGACAUCAGAGGAUUCAUACUAGAGAGAAACCCUACAAGUGUAAAGAAUGUGAAAAAUCUUUCAGUCAGAGUUCAAGUCUCAGUCGACAUAAAAGAAUACACACUAGAGAAAAACCCUAUAAAUGUGAAGCAUCUGAUAAAUCCUGUGACACAUCUGAUAAGUCCUGUAGUCAGAGCUCUGACAUAACUCCGCAUAAGAGGAUUCACACUAGAGCAAAGUCUUAUAAAUGUAGUAAUUGUGAAAGAGUUUUCAGUCGUAGUGUACAUCUUACUCAGCAUCAGAAGGUUCACAGAGAGAUGCCCUGUAAGUGUACUAUAUGUGGCAGUGACUUCCACCAUACCUCAUACCUUGCCGAACAUCAGAAAGUCCACUGUGAAGAGAAAGCCUAUGAAUACAGUGAUUGUGGGUUGACCUUUGUUAAACAUCAAGGAAUUCAUCUCAGAGAAAAGCCCUAUACGUGUAAUGAAUGUGGCAAAGACUUCAGACUGAAUUCCCAUCUUAUUCAGCAUCAAAGAAUUCACACAGGAGAGAAACCACAUGAAUGUAACGAAUGUGGAAAAGCUUUUGGUCAAACUUCAUGCCUUAUUCAGCAUCACAAAAUCCACGGGCGAGAGAAAUCCUAUGAGUGUAACGAAUAUGAGGAAAGUUUCAGUCACGGCUCAGAUCUUGUUCUUCAGCAGGAAGUCCUCACCAGAGAAAAAGCCUUUGAUUGUGACGUAUGGGAAAAGAACCUCGGUCAGAGAGCACACCUCGUUCAACAUCAAAGAAUUCAUACCAAAGAGAAACCUUAUGAAUGUGAUGAACGUGGAGAGACCUUUAGUCAGAUUCAGGCCUCCUUCAACAUCUGAGAGGUUAUACCAGGGAGAAAGCAUACACGUACUGAAGGUGGUGAAGCCUUCAGUCACAGCUCAACCUUCAUUCAGCAUCAGAGAAUCGACACCAGAGAGAAACCCUCUGAAUGUGACGAAUGUAGGAAGACUAUUUGCCAGUGUUAAACUUCAUCGACAUCUGCAAACCUAUACCAAUGAGAAAAUCUACGAAUAUAUUGAAUGUGGUAAAUGCUUCAUGCCGUUUUCAUACCUUAGUCACCAUUGGAGAAUUCUUAACUGGAAUAAAAUUCUAUCACCAUAAUAAAUGUGAAAUAGCCUUCAGUCAAAGUAACUACCUUGCUCAGCAUCAAAUUCAUUCCAUGCAGAAAGCCUAUGAAUGUAAUAAAUACGUAUGCACGUGGGAGGAUUCAGUCCUAUUCUACCCCUUACUCAAUGCUAAAGAAUCCAUGCCCAGGAGAAGCCAUUCAAGUGUAGCAAAGGUGACAGACCUUCCAGUAGGAGUUCAAGUCUUUUUCAUCAUUAGAAUCUCCACACCAGAUCACAGUCUGCUAAUAAUGCAAAUGGAAAAAAUGUACUUCUACAUUUCAGGCUUUAUUCAACAUCAAAAUAUUGGAGAGAAAAUUUUAUAUAAAAUUGUUAAUACACAGCCCUGAUCUUUUUCAUUGCAGAAGAAGAUAGUCUGAGGAGUGACUUGGUGAAUGCAAUGCUGAUUCCUCAUGGCAUUCUUUUAUUUAAUAGGUGGUGUAAGUAGGUAUAU